AUGGAGCAGACAUCAAAAAGGCUGCAGUACUGGAGGCUCUACUUGCUGUCGCUGGUGUUGGGAAUUGGAGGCUCAUUUCAAUAUGGAAUCCAAGUUUCUCUCAUCGCUUCUCCAGCAGUGCACGUUCAGAGUUUCGUGAACUACACAUGGAUGUCGAGGUACGGAGCUCCGGUGGACGAUUCUACCAACCAGCUUAUCUGGUCGUUCAUCGUGGCCGUGUUAAGUCUGGGAGCCUGGGCUGGAGCCAUCCAUAGUGGCAGCCUUCCAGUCCAUUACGGCCGGAAAAAAGCUCUUCUGAUUAACAACGUUGUGGCGAUGGUCGCUGCCUUGCUCAUGGUCUUCAGCCGCAUGGCCAAGUCUUUUGAGAUGAUCUUGCUGGGCAGAUUUCUCUACGGAUACAACGUUGGUCUCGGCCUCAGCGUUCACCUCAUGUACCUCGGGGAAAGUUCCCCAAAGAAACUCAGAGGUUUCAUGACCCUCACAAGCUCAAUCUUCAUUGGUUUUGGGAAAGUCAUGGGUCAGAUAAUUGGCAUCAAGGAGAUCAUGGGCACAGAAGAGAUGUGGCCGUAUCUUUUCGCCGUUAGUGGGAUUCCUGCCAUCCUACAGUUUGUGUUGCUGCUGUUCUUCCCCGAGGCCCCUCGAUACCUUUAUAUAGAUAAAGGAGACACUGAAGGCAGCCAUAAAGCUUUACAGUGGCUGUGGCAGGAGGACGACUUGAAGCUGGAGCUGGAUGACAUGCAGAAAGAGAGACAGACCACACAGGGAGAGAAGGCCAAGACCGUAAAGGAUGUCCUCACCUCUCGCUGUGUCAGAUGGCAGCUGCUGACUCUGGCCAUCCCCUGCGCUGGUGUUCAGUUCUGUGGCAUCAAUGCUCUGUACUUCUACGCCUUUGACAUCUUCCGUGAGUCGGGAGUGCCAGAGGACCAGAUGCAUUACUUGACCAUUGGUAUUGGAGCUACAGAGCUCAUCACCAUCACACUGUGUUCCUUCCUGAUAGAUCGUGCCGGCAGAAAGAAGCUGAUGGGCUACGGCUAUCUCCUGAUGGGUGUCACCAUGUGUGUUCUUACUGUCAUGCUGUCCAUCAAGGAUCUGAAUUCAUGGAUCCCGUAUGUGAACAUCGGCCUGAUCUUUUGUGUCAUUUGCAUUUAUGGGCUUGGACCUUCUGGAGUGUCCAUGGCCCUCCCUGCUGACCUCUUCCUACAAGCCUGGCGUCCUUCUGCUUUUGUGAUCAGUGGAACCAUCAACUGGCUCGGCAUGUUCCUUGUGGGCAUGUUGUUUGGCUACGUAGUGGAGGGACUCGGACAGUUCUGCUUCCUGAUUUUUGUGGCUUAUUCCAUCUUCAGUAGCGCAUUUAUGCUAUAUUUUGUCCCAGAGACCAAAGGAAAGAUGAUGGUGGAGAUCAUGGAGGACUUCAACAAGCUGAAUUACAAGAACAGGGCAGCUGAUGUUGAAAAGACUGAAGUUGCUCUUGCAACUAAAUUUUAA